AGCCGCUUUACUGCCGCUGUCCAGCACUUCAGCAUUCAGCACCCAGGCCAGAGUGCCAGCGAGAAGCCUGAUCCUUACACAGCGACCGAAACUACACAAAACACCGAGAGAGACCGGGUUUAAACAGAAACCCCUUCACGAGGCUCGAGGCUUGGGCGGAGUGCUGCGGCCAUGUACGACGGGGCAAGGGUGCCCUCUCCUGAGGCCAGUGCUAACGGUGCCCCAGGUGCUGCCACACGCCCCAAUGGCGACGAAGAACCGGAAGAAGAAGAAGCUGCUCCACCAAAGCCCGUACUGGUGAAGAAGGCUCGUCGUGAGAUCCUUGACCAUGAGAGGAAGAGACGAGUGGAGCUGAAGUGCAUGGAGCUGCAGGAGAUGAUGGAGGAACAGGGGUACUCAGAAGAGGAGAUAAGGCAGAAGGUCGGGACGUUUCGGCAGAUGUUGAUGGAGAAAGAGGGAGUCAUAACCAGAGAGGGAUCUAAUUCCAGACCACCGGUGACAGUUUUACCCCAUGGUGCUGAAGAGGAUGCAGAGGGCAGUGGGUUCCCUGAUGGCUAUGAGGACGACUACGACUGGCAUGGAGACUACUACGAUCGGGAUUCUGUCACCCACGAUGACUAUAGAGCCAAGAGGAAGUCCAGCAGCUCACCUUCUCCUCCACCUAAGAAAAGAAAGAAGAAGAAGGGCAGAAGACACAGUCGGGUUGACAGCUCGUCUCCUACACGGCGAGGGAAAAGGAAGAAGAGUGGCAAGAAGCACAAGAGAGACAGGUCCACAUCUGGGUCCAGGAGGAAGAGGAGACACAGAUCCGGCACUCCAAAGAACAAACACAAAGACAAGAGCAAACUGAGAAAGAAAUCUCCAGCAGAGUGUACCAGCAGGAGGCCCCAGCGCAGAGGAAGCUGCUGCAGUUCGCGCAGCGCCUCUGUCUCAUCCACAGCCACCAUCUCCAGAUCCCCCAGCAGGACCAACCUGAAGUACAGGACGGAGAGACAGAAGAGGUCUAGUCCCAGCGUGUCUCCGUCUCCCGGUCUGGAGAACGGCCAUAACAGCGAGCGAGUUCGGAACGGCAAACACUCCGGACUCGGCCAGCUAGAGGGCGAGAAAAGCAACGAUAAGCUACGGUCGUUGGCUUCGUCUUCACCGAGCGAAGUGCAGAGGCAGACGUCGCCUAAUGUAAGGGAAGCAAAGAGCCACAGUGCCCUCUAUAGGAGCCCUGGACGGCAGCAGACACAUGCCCAGAUGGGAGAGGCAGGAAAGGGAGAAGAGAGGCAGCAGCGGGGUAGCAAGCUGUCCUCUGAGUCAUCAGGAAAGCGGGUAGGACGGAGCUGCCACUCUCCUGCCCAUAGCAGUGACUCCCAACCCGAUCUCCAGCCUAAAGCCAAGGGCACACAUGUGAAGAAAGCGAAAGGCUCUCAUUCGUCUAAGAGGCACCAUCACGGUAAAGCUGUGAACCGGCACCGCACCGCCUCGGCGUCUCCAACUUCACACCGUCGCACAUCAGGCCGCAAAAAGAGCAAAUCGAGCCUACAGCAACGAAGCAGCUCAUGGAGCAGCGCUCGCUCUUCUUCACGCUCCAAAUCGAGAGAGCACACGCAAAGCAAGACCAAGUCCCCACACGCUCGCCAGAACAACUCUAGGGAGAGGGACAGUCCUCACUACUCUGAUGCCGAGAGAAAUCGCAGACGCUCCCGCAGUUAUUCUCCCAUUCGUAAGAGGAGGAGAGACUCGCCCAGCUUUAUGGAGGCUCGCAGAAUCACCAGUGCACGCAAGAGGCCGAUACCCUACUACAGGCCUAGUCCAUCUUCCUCCAGCUCUCUGAGCAGCUACAGUAGUUCCAGCCGGAGUCGGAGCCGGAGUCGGAGCUACGACAGCUACAGCAGUUACAGUCGGAGCAGGAGCAGAAAUCGGAGCAAAAGCAGGAGUAAAAGUCGGAGCAGAAGCAGGGGCAGGAGCAGAAGCAGCAGUCAGUCACGGAGCCCCAGUCAGGCGCACAGCUACUACAGUCACAGCAGCUACGAGAGCCCUGGCUUCUGACCAGUGCUGGCUACAAGAACAGACAGAUUAAAGGAUGGAUAGAAAAUGAACAAUCCAAACGCUUCAGACUACCUUUUCUCAUAUCUGUGGUAAACAAGUCAUUAUUAUAACUGAAAAGGUAUUGCCAUAGCCAGGACGGAAGAUUUCUUCUACCUUCUUAAUAAGAUAAGAAAAGGUGGCAAAACAUCCAAACGUUCCAGAACCCCAGAAAUUGGUCCAGCACAUCAGAUCAGAUGAUUACAUCACACCGAUAAUACAGGUCUCACAUCUCAAAUGAAACACACUGAGGAAAAUGAAAACGGCUAAAAAGAAAGAAGAAGAGCUGUCAAGCAUCGGUGAGAAAUUCGCACGAGUCGUGUUACAAACAAAACAGGAUCGUAUACGGAAACCCAGAGCCGGGAGAACAAAAAGAAGUUAAGCACUUUCAUGGCUUGAAAUUCUUCCAAGUUGCAAAAAUAACCAAAAAAAGGGUCUGCAGAAGAAAGAAGAAGAAGAAGAAGAAGAAGAAGAAGAAGGAGAAGCACCCAGCUGGGAUGAAUGUAAUCUAACACGGGGUCGAAGGCGACUCGAUGGACAAUGAACACAUUCUGUAAUAUUCUUCUCCCCCAUCCCCUGACUUCCAAAGACUGACACACACAAACGAACAAAACAUGAGAACAAACACAGACUGUAUUAACGAUAUUAAUGAUAUUAAUGAUAUUUAUCUCAAGUUUUUUGGGUUUUUUUUUUUUUUUGCUAGUGGAAAACAGAAUCGUGUGCUUUUCUAAAAAAUAAAAAAAAAUGUAUUAUAUGGUACGUACACCGGGAUGUUGAUGUGUGAAGGUGUAAACUGCAAGCUCUGGCUGUAAACUAUGCACUGUAUAUCCAAACCUAUACGACAUAAGGCUUUGUAUGUGGAAACGUUAGCAUGAUGCAGCAGAGGAGACUUUCACCCACCCACACACACACACACACACACACGGCUGUAAAUCUCUCCCCUACCCCUCCUUUACUCUCGGGGUCUCCUUGACCGUUUCAUAUCGGAUACACCUGUAUGCGGAGAUCUUUUAGAAGUGUAUGAUUUCGGUCACUUUCCCACAUUCUUUGGCUGUGGGUAUUGCAUACAUGGUUGUAUCACUUUUAGAUCUUUGAAUAAUUUAGCAUAUUAGUUCUGUACAGUUAUUAUUAUUAUUAUUAUUAUUAUUAUUAUUAUUAUUAUUAUUAUUAUUGCUGUUGUCAGUUCCUGUCCUUGAAUCCAGGCUGCAAAAAGUCCCACACACACAAGUCUUUUGGAUCAUAUUGUUUGUAUUUAACGAUGUAUUAUUUAUUUUCCUAAUUGUUCCUAUUUAUUUGUUAUUUAUUUGAUUUAUUUAUUAUGUAUUUAUUCCAUGCUUAUUUAUUCAUUCUGAAAGAUGAAUAAAAAAAAAAAAAAAAAUUCUUCACGCAUCUUGCAUCUAAAAUAAAAUAAAAUAAUAAUAAUAAUUAAUCAAGAAAGAAAUGAAUCGGAUCGGAUCGGAUUUUUAAGUUCAAGUCUAAUAUUUUAGAUUUUUGUAUUUUUUGCUGAUUGAUUUCGACUGAAAUGCUUUUCCUGUUUUAACCCCACAAAGCUUUUGCGCUACGAACUCGUUGCAGUUCCUGAGAUCUUUUUUUUUUUCUUUUUUGGGAAGUAUUUUGCACAUUACCUUAAUUCAACAAUUUUUAUCAAACAGCUCGAAUUCAGAUUUCCCCCUUUAAAUUCGAACACUCCUAUUUCUAUCCCUGUCACUUUAAGUGAAAUUGACAAAUGAGUUGAUGAUGCAAUCAGGGAAACAUGCUCACAGUCUUCCUCUCCUCUCUUGCUCACACCUUUUGUCAGUGUUCUUGGAGUCAUCCUUCAUCCAUGUGGAUCAAUACCUUCUUCAGUAACAAGAAUAUACAGCGCUUAUCAUGGGACUGUAUAGAAGUCAGUAGAUGUAGUGUACUAGUUAUUAUUCUACGAAAAAAAUAAAGUAUAUUCCAGUGGAAACCUGAAA